AUGGGAAUGGGUCGCGAGCAGGGCAACGAUCAGGAGCUUAUUCUGGGCGUGGGUGUCAGCCACGCCGGCAAUGUGCUUGUAUCUCAUAGUUCCAGCUCAUUAGCGGAUGACUUCAACGAGGUGCUUCGCGAAGCCAUCGCCCAAGUCCCGCCGCACAUGCGAUGGUUCUCCGUCAGCCACGAUCAGCGCAUGAUCAUCCACCUCGUUCAUCGCAAGCAACCGGGCGCGGAACCGCCACGCGCGGGAGCCUCCGCCUGCGCCGCCGCCACCAUCGUCACCGCCGCGGCGCACGAGUGCGCGGAUCGGCAGCGCGUUCGCCGCCUGCUGCAGUCCCUUCUCGACGAAUGCGCAGCGGAGCUGUUGCCGGCGGUUGACGCCGCGGGAGAGGCGCAGGCGCAGGCGCAAGCCGCGGAGCGCGAUGGCGGAGCGGAGCAAAACGGAGCUGCAGCAACAGCCGCGGAAGAGCCUAAUGUUGUCCUGUUAGAGCGGAAAAAACAACAGCUAGAGAAGCUAGAGCAGCGGCUUAGGUCUUUAAUCGCGUCGCAUAGGGGCGUCGUUCCUCCGCGCCCCGUCCUAAUGCUCUACCCCGGUGCGCCGAAGCGUUUUCUCACGCGCGCGCCCGAGCCUCCCCCGUGGGAAGGCGGAGCAGGGGGAGCGGGGGAGGAGGAUGGGGGGAGAGUGCUGGAGUGCGGGCGCACGCGGUUGCAAAAGGAAUUGGCGGAGCUGGACGAAAACGAGGAUGAUGAUAACGAGGAUGAAGCGUUUGUGUUCAACGUGGCGGGGAGAGUGGGCGAGGGGGGAAGUCAAGGGGGGCUGCGUGGGGCUGCGAAUGGGGGGGCGGGGAAUGGGGCCCCGGUGAAUGGGGGUGCUGGGAGUGGGGGAACUGGCAAUGGGGGAAUUGACAGGGUGGUGGAGGUGGGAGAGAGGAGGAAGACAGCAGGAGCCCCUGCAGAAACAGCAGCAGCAGCAGGUGGGGGAGGAAAGAGAGAGCAACAACCGCAGCCACUGGCUAGCGCCGACACAGAAUCCCCUGGGAUAUUCCAAUCGGGAAUCAAUGUGAUUUACGAGUCAGCAGUGGCAUUCUCUACAGAGUAUACAAACACGAUGCGCACGCUCACACACACCACCAGCGCCACCAACGCCAACUGGUCUACCCAGUUCUCCAACAUGGUUACCGCUGCUGCCAUCGCUGCCGGCACCCUGGCCAGCGGGCCGGCUGUUUCAGGGGAUGUUUCAGGUGCUGCGUCAGGUGCUGCUGCUGGUGAUGCUGCACCAGGCAGCAACAGAGGAGCAAACGCCGCCUCGCACGCUGCGAAAGCAGGUCCGGGUAACGCAGGGUUACCACCGAUGCAGGGGAGGCCUAGGGAUGGGAAGGUGCGGGGGCGGGUUGGUGACGUGGCGCCAUCAGGGCUGUCGUGGGAGGAGGAGAUUGCGUCCCAGCUUGCAUCUGUGGGCGUGGCUGUUUCGUCCUGGGGCCCUGGGGAAGAGGUGCGGGCGGAGAGGGCAGAUGGCAGCGGUGGCAGUGGUGGUGGUGGGGGGGGGGGAGAAGUGGGAGGAGGGAGAGGAGGAGGAGCGAGUGAGGAAGCAGCAGCGGUGGCUGGUAAUGGCUCGUCGCUCCCAGCGAGAAAAGCAGGAGCAGUAGCUGAGGGGAGAGACACUGCCCCCACUGCAGCCCCCCCAGCAGGCGCCUCAGCAGGCCUUUCAGCAGCCCCCACAGCAGCCCCCACAGCAGCACGGGGUAGUGGCAACAGGGCAAGGACUCAAAGCAUGGUGGGGCUGGUUGGGGGGGGAAGGGCCGCCAAAGGGGCUGAUGGGGGAGCGGGAGGGCGGGCCACUCUAGGCAUUCAUGUGGGGAGGGGGCAGUCAGGGCACAACAGGGCAGCAUCUGUAGCGGCGUCUGUAGCCGGGGCACCGCCACCGUCCCCGGGCAGUGCGAGCAAGUUUGGAGGGUUUGGGUUUGGGAGCUUGAUUCCCAAGGGGUGGAGAAAGGGCGGCGGCACGGACAACCGCUCGUGCCCCAUUUUCCAAUGCCAGUCCAAGUCGAAGCAGGCCGGCCGCUUCGAUUCCGUCAACCCUAAAUUCUCCGAGGCCUUCACGUACAGCGCGACCAAGGACCCGAACGAGGAGUGCUGGAAGGUGUGCCAAUACCACAACCAGGGCAACCGCCCCGACCCCGUCGUGUACUGGCAGUACGAGCCCUUCACCGACCCCACCACCGGCGGUCUGUGCACGUGCUACGGCGAGGAGGUGUGCAAGGACAAGCACUUCAUCGACCCGACGCGCGACAACGGCGUGCGCCCCGAGUUCAUUUACGUCGGCAAGAUCUGCCCCGCCAAUGGCACCGGCGACCCGCACUUUGUCGGCGCCGACCUCUCGCGCUUCGACUUCAGCGGCCGGCCUGGUGAGGACUAUGCGCUCAUCUCCGACGCCCACGUGGCGGUCCAGGCUCACUUCGACGGCCGCUGGGGCGAAUGGGAAGGCCGCAACAAGGCGCUGACGUGGAUGCGCCAGAUCAGCGUUCUCUGGGGACACCACACUAUUGUGUUCGAGGCGCGCGAGGGCUGGGCUGCCGACUACCGUACCGGCUAUCUCCAGCGUCUCGUGGUUGAUAAUGAGGAGGUUAAGCUGGGCGUUCCCGGGUCGCACCUCGAGGCCGCGUCGUUCUUUGACGGGCAGGUUGAGAUUAAGUGGGUGGCUGCGAAGAAGCCGGUCAAGGACGACCUUGUCGACGAGUACGAGAUUCGCAUCGGCGACAUUCUCGCGCUGCGACUGACUCUGCGACCGGAAAUCCCGAUGCUUCGCACGGAGGAGGACGGACUGGUGCAUUUCACGGUGGACGUGAUGAGCGCGAAGCUCUCGCCCAACGUGCACGGCGUGCUCGGCCAGACGUACCGCCCUGACUUCGCCGGCAGACUUGAGAAGCAGAAGCUGGUGUACAGCGAGCUGUUCAAGACGUACGUGGUGCCCGGCGACAACGCCGAGGGUUUCAUCGACGGCACCGUCGACGAUUACAAGUGCUCCGAUCUCACGCACUCCGACUGCGCUUUCUGCCGCUUCGUGCGCGCCGAGGGCCUUGAUGACGAGACCGCGCUCGCUGUUGAGAUGGCGACUGCCGCGUCGUCUUCGUUCAGCGACAACGGAAAUUACUACCCCCGCAAGGCGCUUAUCGGGGCUUUCUAG